GUUAGAUCAAGAGAAACGUAAAGCUAAAGCUAUUGAUAUAUUCAACACUCAUCAUUCAGUCCUCUCUCAGUCUCUCUCUGAUCCUGUCAGUGUAGCUAUUAUGCUUCAAAGAGAGGGUGUCAUAACAGGACAAGUAUUGGCUAGUGUAGCUUCAGCUAGUCCCUCUGUUCCUAAUCAACGUGAAGUCCUGUUAGCUGCCAUUAUUGUAGCUAUUGAAAGCAAGUAUAGUUUACUACAAACAUUUGCUAGUGUGGUGUGCAAGUUCACUGGUAAUGUAGAACUAGGAACAGUUAUACAAAGAGACUAUGACCAAUCUUUCAAUGAUGAUAAGAAGCUUAUUAAAGUUGUUAUUCCUAAUGAUGAUAUGAGCACUGAUACAUUAAGCACUGGAACAACUACACCAUCACCUACUCCACCUAAUGCACCAACUGUUGAGAUAGCCAUUCCUGAAUGUAUGAGUGAUGAAUUCACUUCAAUACAAACGUCUUAUGGUCGAAUGUUGUACAAUGUUCAUAAAAUAAUAAAGAACAAGCCACCACCAUUAGAUGAUGUAAAGGAAUUCUUGCGUUGCUAUAAGAGCAGUCUUGAACCAAAGUUGUCUUUGUGUUCCAAUAUCACUGAAUUAUUACGAGUAGUAGAGAAAGAGUGUUCAUUAAUUAACAUCAGGCUGCUUCAAUCAUUAGUAGAAGAAUUCAAAAUCAAAAAAGCUGAAAAAUACAUCAAAAAAUACAACAGCAUAUUAAAAGAGUUUUGUCGCACAGUAAAGAUUAGUCUUUGCUUAAAUGAAAAGUUUGAAGCAUUAGGAGGUAGUCCUUCUCUUCAAUGUGAAACAGUUACAUAUGUCUUUGACUGGGAACCAGAUGAGCACAUGCUACAGAAUAUUAAAAAAAUUGUUUCCAAAACAUCUGGUAAACUGGCAAAAAUAAAAUACAUCAAGAAAGGAAACUCCAUCAUUGUCACUUGCUCCUUCCCUCACUCUCUCACUGGAGCUCUCAUUAUAAAAUUGAGUGAGAAUCUUGAAUUAUUAAUAAAGAAUGGUCUAAUGAAGCUUACUGUUGGAUACUGCACAAUAUGGAAAAAACAAAGGAUACAAGAAAUACAGGAAGCACUGGAAGAGGAGGUAGAGGAGAUAAAGGAACAACCUCAUGAUACAAAGGAAGAUAGAGUAGCAAGACUGGAGGAGAAAGAAACAGAAGGAGCAACACCUCAAUCAGUAAUUAAUCAAGAUAUACUAUCAACUGAUACAAGUGUGACAAUAAUCAAUAAACAAUUAAUAAAAGAAAUAAAAACAAACAAACAAUUAGAAGAAACACUAACAAAAAUGAGAGUAAAGAAAAUUGAAAAGCUUCUGUCUUUACCACAAAAUACUAGUUCUGGUUUACUGGAUCUGAAUGAAUUAUUAAUAAAUACUAAGAGAGAAAUAGCUGAACUACAAGAACAGAUAUCAGUAACGAGUGCAGAUAUACUAAAUAAUAGAGAAGAAAAUGAAAAAUAUAAAAAUAUAUUAAGUGUGAAUAAACCAACAGCAGAAUUUGUUUUUAUUGCUCGUUAUGACUAUCAUGCAACUGAGAGUGAUGAAAUUUUAUUCUGUGAAGGAGAGCAGCUGGAGAUAUACGAGAAGCGAAAUGAAUUUUGGUGGAAAGGAAGAUCCUUGGUGUCUGGUGAUGAGGGACUCAUUCCUAGUAGUUGUCAAAGCUCUCGUUAA